AUGCAACGUGGGAGUGACCAGGUGCCUGCCACAGUACUGCCGCCGCCGCAAAUGAACGGUCCCUUCUCACAACAUCAAGUGGUCGAAAUGAUUUGUGGUGGAAAUGUGAAAGGGGCUGAUUCCUCGCCUGUGGUCUACCCUCCCUUCUCAGCGAAUCAGCAGAAACGACACGUUGUUCCUUUCGGUGAAUUCAUGAUUCCUACAGUCUUUGCUGCCCCAGUUUGCGUAAGCGUCGAAGAGACUGCCUCUGCGCUGCCUCAACAGUUGCCACCCCCCUACAUUGUCUUUGGUGGUGCACGAUAUGAACAUUUCCCGGUGGCGCGGAAGGCGCGCCACUUUGACGACCCGAACAGCCGCUGUCAGCGUGAGGCUGAAAUGAUGAAAACUACACUGAAGAGCAUGUCAGAGCAACUCAAACUUGCUGUGUCGUAUCUGCAUUUGGAGCCACCUACAUUUCUCAAGGCAUCGCCUCAAGUGCGGAAAGGAUUGCGGCACAACGUUGACACACCAAUAGUUACCUCCCUGUCAGAAGAAGGUGCUUUUUCACAGAAGAAUAUUUGGACAGUGGCUUACACGGGAUCUGCAAAGGAAUUGCAUGUGUUCAUUGAGGACUUAGAUAGCGACGCACUCAACGCCAAGGGAUGUGUGCUUUACAGCCGCCGGCAAUACGGUAUUAAAAAAUGUGGUGAAAAGUAUGUUUUGGGUCUUGGUCAAAAAGGCAGUGCCCUCCAGUUUGCCGCUGUGGCAGGUCACCUGGACAACGUUCUUCUUCUUCUUCACUGCGGUGCGGAGGAUUACACAAUACCGCGCUUAAAAGAUAUCCUUGGCGCCGAUGUGAUGCAAACCAUACAAGCAAUGAGGGUGAGCUCACGCGCUAAGCGCAUCGCCCGAUUCACGUGUGCCAAGGUGGAUCACGGCCCCCGCACGAAAUCCCCAGAACCAUUGACAGCGCAGGAGAUUGUGUCUGCCAUUCCAGCAUAG